AUGGACUCCAAAGGGCCGGAAGUGGAGAGUCCUGAAGCCAUCUUGGACCAUGAGGCCACCCCAAGGACAGGCAAUGUGGCCAAACGUACCCAGAAAGUUGGGAUUGUCGGUAAAUACGGGACCUGCUAUGGGGCCUCCCUCAGGAAAAUGGUGAAGAAAAUUGAAAUCAGCCAGCAUGCCAAGUACACUUGCUCUUUCUGUGGCAAAACCAAGAUGAAGAGACGAGCUAUGGGCAUCUGGCACUGUGGUUCCUGCAUGAAGACAGUGGCUGGCGGUGCCUGGACGUACAACACCACUUCCGCUGUCACGGUAAAGUCCGCCAUCAGAAGACUGAAGGAAUUGAAAGACCAGUAGACGUUCCUCUACAUUUUGAGACACCACUGGCCUAUAAUAAAUGGGUUAAUUUAUGUAAAAAAAAAAAA